ACAUUUUCUCUUUAAAAUAUAAAAUCAAGAUUGUAUAAAAAAUAAUUUAAAAAGUUAAAACCCUAAAGUAACAAAACCUCUCGGUGAAAAAAAAAAGAAGCAAAAACUGAACGGCUCUCCAUAUGCAGCGCCUGCCACUUUGACCUUGUAUCAGAAACUCGCACUGAACCUAACUGGCCGUAAAAAGCUUCCGGAAAACGCCGCCGGACCUGCUCGUCCGCCGCCACAAACAGGUUUGGUGCAUUUCAUUCUGAUUCAUUAUGGCAAAUGGUCCAGCACCUUUUUCUGAGAUUGGCAAAAGAGCAAGAGACCUCUUGUACAAGGAUUAUAACUUCAACCACAAGUUUACCCUGUCGGUUCCAAGUUCCAGUGGAUUGGGCCUUACAGCUACAGGGUUUAAGAAGGAUCAGUAUUUUGUUGGGGACAUAAAUUCGCUUUACAAGAAUGGAAAUGUUACAGUGGAUGUGAAAGUUGAUACAUACUCUAAUGUAUCUACAAAAGUGACUUUGAACGAUGUUUUCCAUAGGAAAAAAGUAGCUUUGAGCUUCAAUAUACCAGAUCACAAGUCAGGAAAGUUGGAUGUACAGUAUCUUCAUCCUCAUGCAGCUAUUGAUUCCAGUAUUGGCCUGAACCCAGCCCCUCAAUUGGAGCUUUCAGCUGCAAUUGGAAGCAAAGAUGUUUCUAUGGGUGCUGAAGUUGGAUUCAAUACAACAUCUGCUUCAUUCUCAAAAUAUAAUGCCGGGAUUACUUUCAAUAAACCAGAUUUCUCUGCAACACUUAUGCUGGCUGAUAAAGGAGAGGCCCUGAAGGCAUCGUACAUUCAUUAUGUGGACCGCCCAGAUGGAUUAACAGUGGCUGCCGAACUUGUUCACAGGUUGUCCUCCUCUGAGAACAGAUUUACCAUUGGGACUUCACAGUCAAUAGAUCCAAAAACAGUUUUGAAGACUCGAUUCAGUGAUGAUGGCAAAGCCGCCUUCCAGUGCCAACGAGCGUGGAGGCCAAAUUCACUCAUAACCUUGUCUGCUGAGUAUGACUCCACAAAGAUCUUUGGUUCACCUGCCAAAUUUGGUCUUGCUCUCGCUCUCAAGCCUUAAACCGGUUUGCCAAUUGAAUCUUAUUCAACAAAUUAUUAACUUCACAAUUCUAUCAUUUUACAUUGUUGCCAUUAUUACCCCUGGUGGGAUGUUUUAAGCCCCAUCAUAUAUCAUAACGUAAACCAAAGGAAUCAGUAUCAUUUGUGCAUUUUUCUAAAGCAGCAGGGGGGAAAGAGAUACUGUUUUGAAAACUUACAUAAUGACUAAUUUUGUAGCCGAUUUAUCGCAGUGCCAUUCAAUAUCUGGCCUAUGAUUUUGGGGCCAAAUUGUAUUCA